AUGUUCAGCAACUCUGUCAAGGAUGCAAAGAAGGAGUCGUGCAAAAAGGUUGUUGGUAGCAAACCCAAGGUCAAAUACUAUCAUGAGAUAGCAAAGGCAGUCUUUGAUGUUGGGGGUGAGGAAGAACGUGGCGCUUAUUUAAUGGAACCUGAGCACUAUGCAACUUCUGUCUUGGGUUGGAUCACCUAUUUACAGAAGACAUAUACUACAUAUCGCAAGACAAUGCGCAACACUGGUGAAGGUCUGAAAGAUGAGGAUGAGAGUCAGUCCAAGGUGUAUAGAAACCAGCUAGAGAAGAUUAAAGCAUCUUUCCCUUGGUGGAACACACUGCAUGCUUGGUGGUCGGAACAUCCCAAGUAUGCAUUUCAAAUGGUAACAAACUCGACAAGUGGUGCCAGAAAAAUGGUAAGUGAUUUGGAGCAAGCUGUCUCUGCUCCGCAGCAAGUUAUGGAUAAGGCAAACACACCCUCCCAUCCACCUCCUGAAUCACUGUCUACUUUCCAACUUCCACUUCCCCAUGUCAACUCCCCGCUCCCUUGGGCUGAACCAGCACCUCAAGCUGACCCGGGACUUCUUAAUACCAACUCGCCACUUUUUCACAUUGACAUGUGUCAGGGCACACCCGCCUGA